ACGUGUGGGAUUCUCGCCAUUGGUUUUGCCUGAGAAUGAGAUUAGAAUGAACUUUGUUUCAGUUCCUCUUUUGAGGAAAUGAGGAAGAUAGCGGCUUAAAUCUAUAGCAAAGUAUUUGGUAGACAACCUUAAAAUAACUCCAUUUACCUAUAACUGGGACCGAAGUGCUUAAUGGUCGCUACAAUUGGAGACUCGGUCACUGAAUACGUGAGUCGGUGUGCGCUUAUUGGGACACAGAACAGGACACGGAAUGAGUCGAGUGGAGGGAAGCUGUCCCGAGUUUAUAAUUUGACACAUAUCUUCUGGGUGUUUUCUAAAUAAAGGAAGUAGUCUUGAACUCAGCGUGCAGGGAGCCAAGCAGCAUGUAUGAGAGCAGAUCAGAUGAUGAUGGAUGUGACUCAACUGGAUCUGAAUCGGCUGUCAGUAAUGCCACCCACGGCAGCGGGAUGUCCAGACAGGGCACCGUUGUGGAGCGACUCUCGAGGUAUGUCAUGCCCAGUGCUUUCCAGCGUAGGUCGAGGCUGCAGAGGCAGAUGGAAGUCACUGACAGCUCCGCACCGGGAGGACUAAAGAGGGAGGCUCCGGAGAGAGGCUCGUUGACACCCGCUAUGCGUAAAAAUUACCUGAAAGAGUUGCUUUUAAGCAAUCCAACACACAGCGGGUUUAGUAGCGUACUGUCACAAACGCACAGUGUGUCCUCCGAGCAGGACGAAGGCUGGGCUUUGUAUCCGAUGGAGCACGCGUGGAUGCUGUCUGCAGUGGAGGGAAACUAUGAAACCAUACUGGAGUUCAUCUCCGAGGACCCCUAUCUGUUAACCAGGAAGGACUUCAUCAGCGGGUACUCAGUCCUGCACUGGCUGGCCAAGAGAGGACAGGACGAGACUCUGCUCAAACUUUUAAAGUACGCAGAAAGUGCGGGGAUCCCAGUGAAUGUGAACGUGCGGGGCAGCGGCGGGCUCACCCCGCUGCAUGUCGCCAGCAUGCACAGGCAGUACAUGGUCGUAAAGCUGCUGGUCGGAGCUUUCAGUGCCAACGUAGAUGCCAUGGACUACAAUGGAAAGAGAGCGUGGCAGUAUCUGAAGGGAGACGCCCCGCUGGAGAUGAAGGAGCUGCUUGGGACCUGGGAUGAUGAGCACGGCUGUGGAUGUGCGCAAAAUGUCAACAACAACGCUGGCGCAAUGAACAUGACCGCAUAUGAUGAGGUCGAUCAUGGAAAGACCAAUCACGUGAACUCAUUUGACCCGACUAAGACAGGGAGCAGCUGGGGGCUUGGGUCUUUCAGAAAGCUGCUAACCUCGUUUUCAUUUCUUGGGAACAAAAGCUGAGUCUGGUUAUGACACAAGCCUCCAAAUAUGUGCAUUAUUUCAGUCAGUUCACUAUUUUAGUGGUGCCUAACCUUAUGUAGGGCAAAAAUCUUCUUACCAAGUCAUUUCUGCUUAUUGAGUCCUUAAAACAAUUGUAAUUUAAAUCAGAGCAACCCACAUCGCUCUUCCAAGACAAACACUUCUAAAUUCUUGAACAAGUUAACGUAAACGUCAAUUCCUGCAGAGCCAUCUAUUUUAAGAACAUCUUUAGGAUUGAAUAAGCAGAAAUUGAAAAUUAAGUGAUCAAAGGGAUAACUUAUUUUAAAGGUUUGCUUUUGUUGUCUGCACCAUUUCAUCUAUGAUCUAUUUAAUAACUAUUGCUUUUCAGGGAGUCCUCAUCCAGUAAAAGUACUGGCACUUGAUCAGAUUACUUUGCAUUAACUAACUGAUCCAGACUAAUAAAACACUUACUGUAUACACAAAGUUUUCCUGAACAUUUU